ACCCUCGACCUCUCGCUUCCCAGCCAGGGCAAGGCAGCAGCCAACAUGACAACCAGCCAGAAGCACCGGGACUUUGUGGCCGAGCCGAUGGGUGAGAAGCCGGUUGGCACGUUAGCGGGGAUUGGCGACGUCCUUGGCAAGAGGCUGGAAGACAAAGGGUUUGACAAGGCUUAUGUCGUGCUGGGCCAGUUCUUGGUGCUGAAGAAGGACGAAGACCUCUUCCGCGAGUGGCUGAAGGACACGUGCGGAGCCAACGCCAAACAAUCCAGAGACUGUCACGGGUGCCUGCGCGAGUGGUGCGAUGCCUUCUUGUGAAGGUGUGGGGGGUCAAAGCCCGGGGGGGGCUCAGAGGGCUUCUAUAGGCAGCUGACACGGUUCCCCUCGAUCCUCCUCCGCAAAAAAACCCUCUCGGCUUUGCAACACGCACGAGGCGCCUUUCGGGACCCCGCUCCGAAAACUAGACAGAAACGAUUGCUCCUUUUUAAUCCCCCUCCCCUUCUGCCCCUCCGAAGAGGGAGUGGAGGAGGAGGAGGGCACCGUGUUCCACUCUCAGCUUCCCCCUUUUUGCAGCUCCGUCUGUUGAAUUCUUCCUGCCCUGCUGAAUUCUCGGCUUUCCCGGGCUCUACGGUUUAACUCCUGGUUCUAAAACAAUUGAGAUUUGUAUUAUGAAAAUUGGUGCAGAGGUCCUUGGUCUCUUCUCGGAUCUCUGGGUGACUUGACGCCAGCGCGGCUGAACGUCAGGAACCCAAAUAAUGAUUUAAAUGUUUUUAAAUCAAUAAAAAUCAGCUGUGUUUAAUA